ACAAAACUUCUUAAUCAACUGUAAUAAAAUGAGAAGCAUUUCCACUACAAGUUCAAUAGCACCCACCACCACGUCAUCAUUGGCAAGUGCUCAACACUCCUCCUCAUGGCACUCUCCGGUGCCGUACUUGUUCGGAGGACUAGCUGCGAUGCUGGGUCUCAUAGCGUUUGCGCUAUUGAUCUUGGCUUGCUCCUAUUGGAAACUCUCUGGUCAGUUACAGAAUGAAGAAAACGGACAGAGAGAGUUAGAGAGCGUGAAUACUGGUGACUCUUCAAAGAAGGAAUCUGUUAAGGUUUAUGAGGAGAAGAUUCUGGUCAUUAUGGCUGGAGAUGAGAAACCCACAUUCUUGGCCACCCCUGCUUGCUCCAAUUCUUCGUCUUUUGCACAUGGAGUCGCCAACCAUUUUGACCAAAACCUCGAAAACCACGUCGUUUGUCAGAAAUCAGAGAAAGAAACGGAAAACCAUCUUCAACCCCCGCAAGAAGAAACGCCACAACAAAACCAGCUUCAGUAAAAAAAAAAAAAAGGUAUUUAAUUUCUUCAUGAUUUUGUCGUAAUUUUUGUGUUUUGGUUGGUUUUGAAACUUUGGUUUGUGUUGUACUGUUCGGGAAUUGUAAAUUUAAGCGGAGAUGAAAUAGAAU